AUGACAGAUCCGAUUGAUGAGGCAGUGUCCGCACCUGCAUCCAGGACCCCCACCAACAGUGCGGGCUGGGAUGGCAAGCUCCGAGUGCAGAAACAGGCCACCCUCGUGAAUCCAGAAGUGCUAAGCGAUCCAGAGUAUUCCGACGAGGAUGCGCCGCCCGUCCAACAGAUUGAAGCGGACGAAGACUUGCUUGAGGGGGAAGAUCCCGACGUAGAGGACAUCGAUGUGCAGCACUCGCGUGUGUCGUCCAUGCCCGCUCUACAUCUAGAGCGCUUCAAGAAAUUACGUCGAAUAUGUCUCCGCCAGAACCAGAUUCAGCGUAUCGAGAUCCCCGACACCUGCAGAUCCACUUUGGAAGAGUUGGAGCUAUAUGACAACCUCAUCAAGCACAUCGAAGGUCUCGAGCAGUUCACUGAGUUGACUAGCCUGGAUCUCAGCUACAACAAGCUGAAGCACAUCAAGCGCUUGGAGACGCUGACGAAGCUGGAUCAUCUGUACCUCGUGCAGAAUCGCAUAUCGAAGAUUGAAGGCUUGGAAGAGCUCACAAACCUCACAUACCUCGAACUAGGCGCAAAUCGGAUACGAGAAAUCGAGUGCUUGGAGAAGCUGGUCAAGCUGGAAAGCUUGUGGCUCGGACAAAACAAGAUCACGGAGUUGAAGGGUCUCGGUACCCUUUGCAACUUGCGUACCUUGAGCAUACAAGCAAACCGCCUGACCUCUCUCGACGGCAUCGAGACAAUACCACAACUCACGGAACUUUACUUCAGCGACAACAAAGUUACCUCUCUGGAACCUCUGCGGAAAAACACCAAAUUGGAGAUUCUGGACUUCCAGACCAACCCUAUCGCCACACUCGCGGGUCUUGAAGAUCUUAAGAACCUGGAGAACAUUUGGGCUUCACACUGCAAGAUCGACAGCUUUCAGGAAGUGGAGCGUGCGCUCAAGGAUAAGGAGCAGCUGGAAGAAGUGUACUUUGAAGGCAAUCCACUCCAACGACAGAACCCGGUGCUCUAUCGCAACAAGGUGCGCCUGGCUCUACCCCAGGUUUCUAAGAUCGAUGCUGCAUACGUGAAAGUUUCAUAG